CCCUCUGCUGUACGGGAGGCAGAGAUCCUUGACACCAAGGAGGCGAGACUUGUGUUAUGGGAGUCUCGCCUUCGUUGGGCGGGGGGUACGUUCUGAGAUCGGGAAUUUAACAUAUCUUCAUGACCGUCCCACAAUAAAUAUGUUUGGAUCAGGUCGAUUCCUCCUUUCUUCGCCAAAUCAAUCAUCCCGGCCAAAUCUGCAACACAGAUGUCUAUAUAACCUUCACGGGAAGUUUUCAGCUGUGCCGCGGCAGCAGUUUUGUCUCCAAGAACCUAUUUCGUGAUGUCCUGACAUCGUUUUCCGCUACACUGACUGUAUCGAAAUGUACCCGAGCAACAAAGACGAAAGAGAAAGUCCCACCUGGGAUGUGCUACGUGGAUAUCGUGUCGAACCACCAAGCAAAUUUUGGCGCAGGCCAUCUAGCCAGAUUGCUCUAUGGUGGUUUGUUACAACGAUGGAGCUUACACCUGGUACCCAAAUUAAGGGCAGAAAAGUCAAGAAGAUUGUAUCUUCGAAUUUUAUUCUCCGUUUCUUAAAUCUGAGAUGGGCGAUGUUCAGAUUCUGGUGUCAAACAGAUAAAAUUCUACGAAUGAAUUGAUUAUACAAAUUUCAAUUGAUAAUAGUCUCACAUACCAGCUGACAUAAACUUGGAGAAACGAUGUGAAACCACUUGUUUUUUGAAUGGAAGAUGAUGAGCAAAACAUAUAUAUUGAGAACUUACUGUUUUGACAAACAUAGAUGGUACAAUUUCUUCAAUCACUAGUCACAUCGUGUGUGCAACAACUUGGUCGG